AAAAGCUCUUGAGCCUUAAUCUGAAUGAAUUAGAUUCUUGUUGGCCUUUAAUUAACUUCGUCGUAAAUAUCUAAUCAAAAUUAUCAACUUUGCAUAGUUUUAAUUGGUUUUAUUUAUUUGUUUGUUUUAUUAUCAUUCUGAAGAUGAAUGUGGAUGAAAGCUGGAGAUCUCCUCAGUUCCGUCAACAAGUGCGAAAGAAAUUGGAAGACACAUUUAAAUCCUUUCAAUCAUCAGAAUCAAAUCGUGAUUUUAAUCAACUUGAGGCGACAAUUUUCAACAAUUCCAAGUACAGAGAUGAUUAUAUUAGAAAUGCCUGUAAAGUAAUAGCGGCCUUCAAGGAUAAAUCUCGGCAACAAGCUCAACAAGCGACAAUGUCAGCUAAUCUUGGAGAUGAAAACUUGACUUUAGCUGGUGUUCAUGGAGAUAAUCAAAUACGAGUGAAAACAGAGCCAAUUGAAGGAGUUCAACAAAUGCAGCAACUUAAUCCCAACCAGAUGAAUGUGGAUGAAAACUGGAGAACUCCUCAGUUCCGUCAACAAGUGCGAAAUAAAUUGGAAGACACAUUUAAAACCUUCCCUACAGCAAAUCGUGAUGUUAAUGCUCUUGAGGUGACAAUUUAUAACAAUUCCAAGAACAGAGAUGAUUAUAUUAAAAAUGCCUGUAAAGUAAUAGCGGCCUUCAAGGAUAAAUCUCGGCAACAACAAGCUCAACAAGCUCAACAAGCGUCAAUGACAGUUAGUCAAGAUAUGGUACCAACUGUAUCGACAACUACCCAAGAUCCUAUGAGUGCUUUACAAAACCUUGCUAGUUUCCCUGCUUCUGAUAACCAAACGACCUUGAUUAAAACAAUUCCAAUCAAUAGUAACAUGCAUGAUCAAAAUAAUAUGAUUGGUGUCACAGUUACUCCAGCAAACAUCGCUCUAUCAGGUGGACAUGGAGGUAAUCAAAUUCAAGUGACAACUCAACCAAUACAAUCAAUUCAACAAAUUCAACCCAUGCAACAAAUGCAAAUGCAGCAAAUCAAUACAAACCAGGGAGGUAUUCAGAUUCAAGCUAUGGGGACCACUCAGUCACCUCAAAUUCAAAUGACCACAAUAUCAGCCGGUGGUCCUCAAAUGGUCCAUCAUCAUCAACAACAACAGCAACAACAACAACAACAACAGCAACAACAACAUUUACAACAUCAACAUCGUAUGGGCUUACAACAAAAUCGAAUGCAAGUAAAUCAAAUGUUGGUUCAACAAAGUCAAAUGCCUGGUAGACCAACAAUGAUGCAAAUGCAGCGAGUUAGACAUGCACCACCUAACAUGACAAUUCAAGCCCAAAUGCAACCAGCUACAGAUACUCAAUUUUAUCAAACUCAAUCUGUUCAGCAUCGACCAUUACAACAACCAAUCAAUCAACAGCAGCAGCAGCAACAACAACAACAACAACAACAACCUCAAAUUCAACACUUUCAGCAAAGCCCUCAAAUGGCUCAAGGUAACAUGAUGGUUGAUCAAGGUCCUAUUCCCCAACAAAUGCACCAAAUGCACCAAGGUCCACCUUCAAAUCAAAUGCAUGUGACAAUGACUCCAACUCAAUCUCAAUUCGUACCGAGUCCAUCUCAAGGUAUUAUGCCAUCACCAAUGUCUGUUGGUAUGAUGCAAAGAGGAGGACCUGGUUCAAUACCUUCUUUACCUUCAGUCCCAUCACCAGGACAAUUAAAUACACCUCAAAUGAUUCAACAAACUAGUCCAGCUCACCGUCAAAUGGUCAACGAUGAUCAAGCUUAUCAAGAGAAACUGAACAAAUUGCAAAGAUUCAUUGGUCCACUUCGUGCUCGAUUAGAUAGAGAAGAAAAUGACAAGAAAAAAGAUCCAGUUAAGAUAAAAAAUUUACUAGCAAUUAUCUCCGAUGCUGCAAAUCGUGUUCCCAUGGAAGUAUUAGCCAAAUGUGAAUCGUUGUUAGAGAAAAUGGACUUUGGUGGACAAGCAUCAAAUCAACAAAUGUCCAUGAAUCACCAUCAUCAUCAACAACAACAACAACAACAAAAGUUUAUCGGUCAACAAGGAGGCUCACAAAUGACAUCCGAUCAGAACAUUGGUCAACCCUUGAUCGACGCCUUACUUAACAAUAUAAAGAAACCAUUUUUCAAUCACUCUCUUCAUAGGACAUUUUCUCGAGCAGUUUGCUCUCUAUCUAACGGUACACAAAAAGUUCCAAGACCAAAUUCUCCUAAAUUACCUUACACUGUCUACGAAGAGAUUCCACAUACUAUUCAAGGCGAAGUGGCUCGAUUGGAAUCGAAAUUCAAAGUUCAACUUCACCCUAAUCAUCAUCCUGGAUCAAAGAAAAUCUAUUUAAUAUGUCGAUUAGAUGAUGAAGAUUUACCUUGUGUUCCUCCAAUUUCAUUAAUGGUUCCCGACGAUUAUCCCAAUGAACCACCAUUAGUAACAAUCGAUGAUGAGGAAUAUAACGCAGCCCCAUUUCUAAUCGACAUCAAACGAACCUUUACCGGUGCUCUUAGUAAUUUAAACUCAAUUUACUCAAUGACCACUUUACUUGAUUAUUGGGCAAUGUCAGUGCGACAAGCAUGUAACUAUCAACGUCAAUUAAAACCAUCAGAAGCAGCGUAAUUGUAUUAAUCAAAACUCUCAAUCUACUAAUUGUUAUCACGAACCAACACCAACAACAACAAAUCCUCUCGUUAAAUUAAUCGUGUUUCUAUGUGCAUGUUUUUUGGACUGUUGACAAUUGUGUCUCCCUAAUUAUAUAUUUACCAUCGAUUGUAUUUAAUUAUUUACCUGGAACCACAAUUUAAGAUACCAAUGUAAGAAUUAACGAAAAUAUGAGAAAAGAAAGCAAAAAAUUAAUGUACAAACAAUUUACUGUGAAUGAUUAAAUUUCUCUUCUCCUUUUUUUUUCUACCAA